AUGGCGGAUGGAGGUUCGUUAAUCGAAAAUGGAGUAUUGUGGAUGCCAAAAUCUCAUAACAGAAUUUGCAGUACUCAUUUUGUCGGUAACAAAAAAUCAAAUGAUCCUCAAAGCCCAUCAUAUGUGCCAUCAAUAUUUCCUAAAGCUUAUAAAAUAACUAAAUGUAAUCAUAAACAACAACUAGAGAGAUAUAACAGAGCAGCAAAUAAAAAAAAAAUGGACUUAUCUAAAAAGGUUCCGGACGCGGUGUCUAGCGGUGAUUUUAUUUUUCCUGAAAAUACAAGUCAAAUGUCUUCAGUUAAUGUUAGCAUUCAAGUAUGUUUUGAUGUAGAUGACAAUCAAGAUUUUACGUUUCACUGUUCUUUUGAGGGCAAUAAUGUUUCAACUCAAGCAGCAAUACCUCUAACUUCAAAUAGUAAUCUUAAUUUUACCAAAUGUGAAUUAUCUGAUAAAGCUUGUGGUGUAGAUUCUAGUAAUAGUUUAUCAUGCUUGUCAUGUGAAGCUUUUCAUGGAUUUGAGUCCAUUAAAACUGAAAAUGCACUAAAAGACUUAACUGGUACCACUUUUCCUAUUUUUAAUAUUUUACUAAAAUUAAUGCCCCCUAGUAAACGUUUUUCAAUUACUAAGGAAAAUGAAUUAUUAUUAUUUUUAAUGAAAUUGAAGUUAGGUAUUACCUAUUCUGCUCUAUCUGUAAUGUUUGGUAUACACCGUACAACAGUUACAAGAAUAUUUUCUGAUGUACUAACUACCCUAAGCACAAAAACAAAAGAUUUUAUAUUUUGGCCCAGUAAAAAAACUAUAUCAGAUCUUUUACCUGAGGCAUUCAAAAAAAAUUAUCCACAUUGUCGUUGCAUUAUAGAUUGCACAGAAAUUCGGGUGGAACAACCUUACACUGUUGAACAGAGAGUAUAUUUAUAUUCUAGAUAUAAAGGGGGUUAUACUAUAAAAUUUUUAGUAGCAAUAACGCCUAAUGGAAUGGUGAGUUUUGUCUCCAAAUGUUAUGGUGGAAGAUCCAGUGACUCCUUCAUAACCAAUGAUUGUGGUUUUCUAUCAUUGUUAGAACCUGGUGAUGAAGUAAUGGCCGAUAAAGGUUUUCCCGGGAUUAAAACUAAUUGUGAUCAGCAAAAUGCAAUCUUAAUAAUGCCUCCCUUUUUAUACAAUGCUAAAUUCACAGAGAGUGAAGUUCUUGAGACUUAUAACAUUGCCAGUGUUAGGAUUCACAUUGAACGGUUGUUUGCUAGAGUAAAAACAUUUGGUAUCCUUAACAAAGUCACUAUUGAUCUUUUACCAUACAUUGACAAUAUUGUCCAUAUGUGCUGUGUUAUAACUAAUAUGCAAUCACCAAUAAUAAAACAAUAG